AUGAAGUUGAGAAAAUUUCCGAUGGACCAGCAGAACUGCCCUCUGGAGUUCGGCAGCUACAGCUACAACCAUAAAGAGGUUCUCUACGUAUGGGAUCCUGUUAAAGAGGACCACCCAGUUUACCAGUCACGGGACCUGUCGCUGUCGCAGUUCAACCUUACGGCAAUACCCGUGCGUAAUGCUACGAAACCAAUCGGCAAAGGAAUCACAACAGUGCUGACGUUAUCCCAGUUCAGCCUGGACAGUCGCACCGACCUACCCAAGGGCUUCAACAGGGCAUUUGCCGGACAACGAACCAGCCUGAGCCAGUACCGCGAGCAGGUGAAAAUCCAGUUAGAAGAGGAGAUUAAGGAGAGGUUGAAGCGCGACAACUGCUGCAUGCGCUUCUUCAAGUGUAUCAUGUCGAACCCGAAGUAUCGCAGUCUGAUCAUGCGCACUGCGCGCAAGAGUGGUGUGAACAGUGUCAGUAUCAUAGACCGGGUCAGUCGCAUCCUCUUUCCGGCGUCUUUCUGUAUAUUCAACGCUCUCUAUUGGAGAUCUCUGAUAAGAAUUGAGCAGGCAGAUAGUUUUUCUUCUUUCGCGACUUAA